AUGGUAGACUUAAAGAUGGAAGACCGACCUGACAGAAUUUGGAAUUUAAAUGAAACCUCAUUCUGCCUGGACCCAUCCAAAACCAAAAAUGUUGGAGAAAUUGGUGUAGCAGCUACACGUACCACACAUAGUUCUGGAAGAGAGAACACCUCUGUUUUGAUGGCAUGCAAUAGUAUUGGACAAAAAGGUCCUCCUUUAGUUAUAUUUAAGGGAAAAAGUGUUUGGGAUAAGUGGAUUGGAGAUAAUUCAAGUUUUACAGGAACCACAUAUGCAGCCACAAACAAUGGUUGGAUGGAAAAGGAAGUAUUUUUAAAUUAUUUUGAAAAAUCUUUCCUAAAAACAACAAGUCCUUCUCCAGAAAACCCCAUACUUUUCAUUUAUGAUGGGCAUUCGUCCCACGUAGAUUUAACCCGUCAGAAGUCGCGUAUGAGCGCGGCGCUCAUUCCGUGA